CUUUCAGCUUUAUCGUCAAUACGAGAUGUAUCAGCUGUGAUAGGACCAUAUAGUAAAGAGUAUGCAGAAGCUACAACCAAACAAAAAAUUCCCUACCUAGUAACCUCUAUUACACCAUCUGAUCAAGAACAGACGCCUUUUUUAAUUCAGAUAUUUCCGGAUGUAGAUGUCCUGGCUGAGGCUGUAUUAGAUAUUGUCAAAUAUUUUCAUUACCAUCAUGUGGCCGUUAUUCAUGAUACUAUUGAAGGUGGUGUUAUUCUGGAAAAAUUACUUCGACAACCUUUAUCAAGUAUUACAUCUAUUAAAAUCAACGAUUCUUCCUCAGAAAAUAUUCGUCAAGAACUGAAAGAUAUACGUUCUAAUUUUUAUACUAAUAUUAUUGUUGUUUGUAAAAAUAAUACAAGUACAGAUAGAAUAUUGACAGAGGGUGUACGACUAAGUAUGUUUGCUGCUCCUCAUACAUGGUUAUUAGUGAAUACGGGUUUGGAAGAGUACGACCUUGAGAAAUACGUGGAUUCUCGAGUCAACCUAACUGUCCUUGACCUCACUGCUGAUCCCGACUCUAUUUCGUGUCAUCUGAAGAAGGAUAUAAAUUUAAAAAGAGCAGUGUUUCACGAUGCUGUACGCCUCUAUGUUAAUUUAAAGAGAAAUAGUAAUGAAGAUAAAUCAAUGAGGAGUACAGUAGGAAAGCUCGAUCUUCAAGGAUGCACUGGUCAUUUAAAUUUUACUAGAUUUGGUAAAAGAUUUGAAUCAUCUUUGAGAUUGUUAGAAAUUAGAAAUUAUAGAACAGGAGAGUCUGGUUCAUGGACGAAUAUAGAAGAUAAUUUUAUAAACAGAGUGAAACCCUCAGAGUCAUAUAGUAGUUCUAGAAGAUUCAGUAAUAUGUUUGAUAAACCAUUACGUAUUACAACCAAACUAGAACCACCUUUUGUACAGUUUAAAAAUGAAUCAAAUUACAGCCCUGGGGAUCCUAAUUUUCUUUUUGAGGGAUUACUGAUAGAUAUUUUAGAAGAAUUAUCAAAAAUGUUAGGGUUUAGAUACAAUUUAUCCUUAGUACCGGAUGGUAAAUUCGGUAGUUUAAAGCCACCUCCCAGAUUCUGGACGGGAAUGGUACGGGUUAUUUUAGAUGGUAAGGCCGAUUUAGCACUGGCACCAUUCCAAGUUACACCAGAUAGAUCCAAUGUUGUGGAUUUUACUAAACCAUUUAUGACCAAAGGAACAACUACCAUGGUUAAGAGACCAGAAUUUAAAGUUGGACAUUUCCAGUUCUUAAGACCUUUAUCCAAAUAUGUGUGGAUUGCUAUAUUUGUUUCUUUUGUGUGUGUUAGUUUAAUACUGUUUGCAGUCAGUCGUGUGAAUUCAGACAAACAUGCCAAAUAUACUCAUAAUUUAAGAGCCAGUUUCUGGUAUAUUUGGGGAACUCUUUUACGAGGUAGUUUGUGUGGUGCCCCUCAGGCUGUAUCAAGUCGAACUGUCAGUAGUGCAUGGUGGUUUUUCUCUUUAAUUAUCAUAUCUAUAUAUACUGCUAAUUUAGCUGCCUUCUUGACUAUUACUAUCUCCUCAAUUGGGAUCAACUCAGCGGCUGAUUUGGCGAAUCAAGACGUUUUACAAUAUGGAACUGUGGAAGGAAGCCAAAUAGAGUACUUCUUUAAUCACACUAAAAUGGACCAUUAUGCUAAAAUGAAAGCAACAAUGUCAGUGCAACCAAAUUGGAUGGUGCGAACUGUUGACAUUGGUUACGAAAGAGUGAUGCAAGGUGGAUAUGCAUUUAUUUGGGAUUCUCCGACAAUAAGUCAUUUAGUUUCUACAGACUGUAGUCUUAUGGAGAUUGGUACUCCAUUUGAUUUGAAAGGAUAUGGACUAGCUGUAAAAAAGAACGCACCAUAUCUGGAAAAGAUAUCAAUGGCCAUUCUAAAGAUGAUAGAAGAUGGGGUUACGUAUCGACUAGAAGGAAAAUGGUGGCGACGUCAGAACUGUCCUGAUCCAAGACAGAAAGCCAAAACCAAAUCAUUGGAUUUUGAGAAUGUAGCAGGAAUGUUCAUUAUUCUAGCUUGUGGUACUGUUUUAGCUGUCAUUAUUUGUUUAAUUACCUAUUGUGUUCGAGAAAAUAGAGCUCGUUUAGUAAGUAAUAGUAGCACGUGA